GAAAAAGAAGAUGGAAAAGAGGCAGCGGCUGAACGCCGGAGAUGGCAAGGACGGGGCCGAGUAAGUUCGACUUGAGGGUGGGGGAGCGCCGCUGAGGUAAACAGGGGCUGCCCCUUUCCCUCAGAAGAAAGCGAGCCGGGGAAACGGGUCUUCAUUAUGGAUGAGAGAGUAGCUGAAUACAUUAGAAGAACUGUGCUGCGAAUCCCACGUUCCGAAAUGGGGAAAAUGCUGGCCACAUGGGGGUUUCUGUCUGAAACUCAGCUUCAGUCUUUAAACAUCCAUCAGCUAAAGGAAAACCUGUCCCAAGAAGUAGUUCGGCUAUGUGAGGAAAACCAUGCAACUAUUCAGCAUGCAGCAGAUCUAGACAUAAUUUACAACUACAAAUAUCGGGACAAAAAGCUUUGGACUGUUUAUCAAAUGAGAAGAGAAGAAGGGGAUGAAUAUGACAUUUUUGACUUGGCAGAUUUUAAAAAUAAAUUUAAAAGAAGUCUUCAGUCAGCUUUGAAAAAUGUAACUAUCAGCUUUAAAGAGUUUGAAGACAAUGCAAUUUGGAUUCGCAUUGCAUGGGGAACACAGUAUACAAAGCCCAACCAAUACAAGCCAUCCUAUGUAGCUUACAUUUCACAGGCUCCUUAUGUCUUCAUAUCCAGCUCUAGAAAUAAGAACUGCAAACCAUUACUUUUGCAGGCCCUGCUGAUUGCUGCCAGUUACAAUGACAUCCAUGAAAUUGACCUCCGAAGCCAUUGUUUAGACUCCCUUAAAGAUAUUUUACUUAAGCGAUGUAGCCAGAAAUUUCAAACUCAUCACCCACAACCUCUACAAGAACGAAAUUGCAUUCUGCAAAGAGUGGAUCCAAAUAUAGUUAAGGAAGAUAAACUUAAAAUGGAAAGAACUGAAAGAAUGAAUGAGGAAGCCUUUGGUGAUGGUCCUCAGCCAAAACUAGAGUUUGCACAAUACAAGCUUGAGACUAUGUUCAGAAAUGAACAAGAAAAUGGUAUCUUGAAAAAUAAAGACCCAUUUAGAUGUAUGGUCAAGUUUUCUAGUCCUCAUCUUUUAGAGUCACUGAAAUCCCUAGCACCUGCCGGGCUGGCAGAUGUUCCCCCUUCACCAUUACUUACUUGCAUCACCCAAAAAGCCAGGAACUAUUUUAGAAUUAAUGAAAGAAAUAGUGCACCAUCACAAACCUUUGCAAGCUAAUGCCAUUUUUAGACAAAGGAGUGGAUAACUUAUUUCUCUUCAGCGAAAUAAAACAACAUGGAAUCUAUUUCCAUUAACUUCUUACAAUUCAGUUGAUCAGAUUACAAUAUGACAUCUUAGCAGGCUGUCGCCUGCUAGCUGGUGUGACCUGUUGACCAGAGUCUGUGUGUACUUCCUGGACAAUGAGUAGAUGAACUUCUUUAGCAAAUAACUGAAGUUAGAUGUAAUAUCGAAGUGCUUGAUUAUUUAAGCAAAUGAAACUUUU